GCCUCGAAAAUCUCCAUCCAUAAUCUAACGAAGAUAGACUAAAUUUAAGCGAAGGUGAAAACAAGAUGUUAAAUAAGUUGUGCACAUCUUAAACAUAAAAUUUCAACAAUGAAGGAACAAGGCACAAUGUUUGAGAAACCUAAUGCACAUGUGCCUUCUAAUGUUUGGCUAAAAGCCUGAUCAUUACUUUUCAACACCUGCCAAAAGAAAGUCUCUCAUAUCUUCAAAUCUAUCAAUCUAAAUUAUACGUACUCUUCAAUUGAUUUUUUGAAUAUUCAUAGGACAAAAUUGUAUUAUUCAUAUCAGCAGCUAUAAUCUCAAAGUGAUAUACCACAACAAUGAAUAAGUUGCACAGAUUAUUUGCACCUUUGAACUCAGAGUAGAGAUAACUUAUGAUACUGAACAGAUGCAUGCAAAACUUUGCUAAGAAGAUGACAUAAGUCUCAUGAAGAAGAAAACGAAUCCAAAUUAUCAUACACCGAAUCCUAAAAAUGAGCUGUGAUUACCUGGCUAAUGUGUGAAAAUUUGUCUUUUGUUAAGUCAAACCUGAAAUUAGAGAAAUGUGGAGUAGAAUAAUACACAAUGAAGUAAAAAAAGAUCUGGCUUCUGGAUUCAGAAUGAUGAGAUAUUCUCUCUAGCUUUGAUGUUAAGAGCCAAACACGGAGUGUGUUUCCUCUUUUAUGCUGUAAUUUAUUUUCUGUUUCUUAUCAGCCCCAUCCAUGACAAGGGAUUAAGUGAACUUGUGUGAUUUUUCAUCCUUUUUUAUAGCCCUUUAGUUAUUUAUCAUACUAUUAGUUGCUGCCUUAUGGCUUUAUGACAAAAAAAAUAGACAUGUUUAUUGAAACAAUAUAUAUAAUAGUUGGUACGAACAAAACUCUAAAAAUCAUAAGGUGUAUAAUACAAAUAUAAAAAUCAGAUUAGAGUUUUGUUCUGUCUUUUUAUUCCCCUUAAAAAACACCUUAUUCAAUUUCAAAUAACCAAAGAAGAAAAAUUUUCAAAAAACCUUCAUAUAAUUCAAUUUCAAACAGCAAAAUUAGAAACCAAACCAAUUCUGAUCAAAUACCGUACAUGUAAAAUUGUUUUUUAAUUUUCAUUUUUCAGAAAUCGGAUAAUUUCGAAAUCAAGAAGCAAAGAAAAAUCAGACAUACGAAGGAAACGAAGAAGAAGAUAAGAAGCACAGUACCUGGUCGAGGAAGAAACGUAGCAGUAGAGGAAUACACCGGCAACUGAGAACAAGAUUGAGGAUAAUUCCCUGAUAAACCCGUUACUAUACGCCCAGCAGAAACACGUAUGGGUUCAGGAAAGGGAUCCCCAGAAUUCUGGGUAUCUGUUGUUAAACCCGGGCGACUACUUUAUGAAAUGGAUGGUGUAACAAAAAAUGUUGCCAAAAGAGCCAUUGGUAUCGCAGCAUCAAAAAUGCCUAUACGAACUCAAUUCAUUUUUUUGGAAAUAAAAUAAAAUAGAAACGGCGGACUUAGAAACGGCGGACUUAAACAGAUUUCUUCGUAGAUUUUUGGACAAAAAAUAUUUCUUUUUUCUUUGCACAUUGCGGUGAUAAAAACGGAGUAAGAAAUGAUAUGAUUCAAUCUCAAACCCAUUUAAAUGUAGCAGAUAAUAGCGGGGCUCAAAAAAUAAUGUGUAUUCGAAUAAUCGGAUCUAGCAAUCGGCGAUAUGCUCAUAUUGGUGACAUUAUUGUUGUUGUUAUAAAAGACGAUGUGCCUAAUAUGACUCUUGAAAAAUCGGAAGUCGUCAGAGCCGUAAUUGUGCGGACCCGUAAAGAACUCAAACGUGACAACGGAAUUAUACUACGAUAUGAUGAUAAUGCCGCAAUUAUUAUUGAUAAAGAAGGAAAUCCAAAAGGAACCAGAAUUUUUGGUGCAAUCCCACGAGAAUUGAGAAAAUUAAAUUUUAAUAAAAUUGUUUCGUUAGCUCCCGAAGUAUUAUAAAAGGCUUUUGAAUCUAGUCUACGAACUUUAAAAAAUCUUGAACAUUGGGUAAAAUCUGUCUAACAUAUAUAACUUUACCACACUCAAAAUUCAUCAAAAAAUAAAGAGAAAAGCAUGUUUAUUUUAUAUAAAAUUCUUGAGCCUCAUUUAAGUGGAGAUAAUCAAGCAUAUCAUCAUCCAUUGAUGCCACAAAUCAGAACCUAAAAACUUAGCAUAAGUUACGUUAAUCUAUAAGAACUCAAAUCACUAGCACUUACAAGUCCAAAUAAUUACAAAAAAAUAGAGUACAAUAACAAAAUUACAGAAUUGCACAAUAACAAUAAAAAAAUUGCAGAAUUGUACAAUAAAAAAUGAAGUACAAUAACAAAACUACAAAAAU